AUGCCAGACUUGGAACAACAGCCAUCCUUCAGGGUCGAGCGCCCUAAGCUCUUCCUCGCCAUCAUGGCGUUUAUUCUCCCUCCAUUGCCGCUCUUCUUGUUGACAGGGCCCAACUACACCAUUUUCACCAAGGAAAUUUUUAUUUCUUUGUUGUUGACCAUCUUUGGCCAUAUUCCAGGGAUCAUAUUCUCGUUGUACGUGAUCUUCUACGACCUGGAUCCCUUUGCUAGUGACGGUCCCCUCGGCUACACCUCGAUCGAUGAUGAGGGCUCUGAUCACCCACACCACCACAACCACCAUCACGAUACCCACUCAGGCGGUCCUCCUGCUCCAGUCUCUGGCUCGGGCUCUGGCUCGGGCUCCCAUGGGAACUACCUGUCUAUCAACUCGAACGAUAACCCCCCUAUUGUCGUUGGUAAUGUCGCCUACGAGCCAUACACCGAUAACGAGACUCCUAAGGACGCACCCCCUCACUACAACGAUUUAGAGGGCACUGGAAGCAAUGGACCAAAGGUAUCGGACACCAAGGGUACGGACCACAAGGUACAAAGGUAG